UGGUAUUUGUUGUUUAGCGAAAUAUUGAUUUUUGUAUUUUUCAACUUACGUACCUAGAAAUACAAAUUUGAUUUUAGAUUUGUUUAUCUAUUUGAGAUAAAAAUGUUGCUUUUUAUUUAAGAUAAACUUGGAAAAUAUGGAAGAGAGCGAAUUGAGAAAACUGUUGCAGACCAAAAAUGGUUGUAGAAUUCCUGUCAUGCUUCCGAUACCGGAUGUGCAUAAAGUAGACAAAUUGCCUUUUAUGCCACUGCCGCCUUACAACAGAAUUAAGGAUAAGAAACAAAAAUUUCGUCAAUUACUGGAGGAAAAAGCUACAAAGAGAAAAGUGAACAUCGCUAGAUCUUCGUUUGAGUAUAGUGAGUGUGAUGCUUUAGAAAUAUCUCAAGAAAGACAUAUAGCUGUCCUACGUCAAUGUGCGGAAAAAGUGCAACCACCUCCAAUGUUAAAAUCUUGGGAGAGAAAAAUAUUCAGUUUAAUACCACCUAAAUUAAGAAAUGCCUAUCCCACAAUAGCGGAGGAUCUUUUAAAAGAGAGUAAAAAUGAAUGGAACAGAAAUCUCCAUGACUUGGCCGUAAAAACUGUAAUACGUGAUGUUCCUGGAGUACCUAGAAAAAGAUAUGAGGAGCCACACUUUAAAUUUCAUGGUGUUACACCGAAUUAUGAGAAAAUGGUCAAGUUUAGAAAGAAGUUACAAUCUGGUUCAUUACUCCUACAUCCAUUUAUAAGACUUGUCUUAGAAUCAUCCGAAAAGACGUUUCCAGAAUUUAUAAUUAAUUUGUCAAAAUACAGAGCGAAGGGACCAUUUCAUUUGGAUGAGUUUCAUACUAAAGUAUUGGAAGAGAUAAAAAAAGCUGAUUACUUGGUAUCCAGUACUUGGUAUUCAAUUUUAGCGAAUUGGUUAAAAAAUCCAAGAUGCUUGAAAGGCAUGAAACCUAAAAGAAUACCCGAUUUUGUAUCAUGUGCUACUAAAAUUAUAUCGAUGCAAAUACAAGAACUCAUGCGUCGAUCUAUUGAUGCAAUAAUAACUUCGUUGGGAAACCCCGAGUGCGUUCCAAUCAUAAACAUAGAUUUAGAUUUUAAUGGCGAAUUUAUCUAUGAUCCAUCUCUUGAAGAGGUUUUUAAUGUUUUCCAUAAUAUAGCCGAUGCUAUUGCACACAUAGCACAAAGGCUAAUGCCAAUUGAACAAUACCUAAAAAUACCAUAUAACUAUGAUGCUCUGCCUGUUAAGUACAAUGAUUGGUUAAAUAAAGAUAGUCACGAUAGAUUACAGCAGCAGUUGAAUAUAGUAUUUGAACCCCUCGUUCAAUAUUUAGUUGAUCUAAGGGUAGCUUAUAGUAUGCUGUAUGGGGCGCCAGCCAAAACACAACUUUCUAAAUUUAUUAACCAGGCCAAGGAGUUUGAAGAGUCGCGAGACAAAAUAAAAUAUUUUCAAGAAAUAGAUUCUGAUAUUACAGCUGUUCUGGAAAAUGAAUAUUUUAAUUGCGCUAUUGUUUGUCAACGGAGAAUGAUAAACGGGUUGAAAGCUAGAGCUCUAGAAUUCAUAAAUGACAUAAUUGCUGGCAUUGUAAAAACUCAUAUGGGUGAAAAUGAUAGCAUUUGCAAAGAAUUUGAAAUUAUAGCAGCAAAAGCACUGAAAGAACCUGAAAAUGCUGCGGAAUUGAUUGAACAAGGUGUUUACAUUUUACAUGCUAAGACCGUGUUGGUAGAGGUCUUAAAAGAGAGAAUAUUGAGACAAAUAAACAUCAUCUCCAAUUUGCUAGAAAUGACUUCUCUUUCUCCGGAGCAUGUGGCUUCUAAUACCCGCACUGUAAAUUGGCUCACCGAUAUUAAACCAAUUUUUGAGAGAAAUGCUACUGCAUAUGAAACAUUUAAAGCUGAAAUGGAGGAAAAUCUUUUAACAAAAAUUGCUUAUUUAAACAAAGAGGUUGCAGAAAUAACACCGUAUUUAGAGCUUUUAGAUAAUAUGGAUGACAUAGAUCAUACUCUUGAAUACUUGGAACACCUGAGAAAGUUAGUGCAUCGCCUGGAUGAUUGUGACAAAUUAGUCAGUUGGAUAAAUAACGAGGAAGUAACAUUUAAGUUUCCAGUUUCCCACUAUUCUGAUCUCGAAGAACUAAAAGAUUUUAUUAAACCUUUCCAUAAUCUAACGUAUUUAGUUCAUAAAUGGAAACGAAGUUUUUACACUUGGAUGGAUGGUCCAUUCGAGUAUUUAGAUCAUGAGAAAAUUGAACAAGAUCAUGAUUUUUACUACAAAGAAUUUCUAAAAUUGUCUAAAGCUUACAGAACUAAAAUAAAACAACAAAUAUCGGAAGGCGUAGAAAAGAGAUUUCAAGGUUUAGUCGACGAUCCCGAUAUUAAUAAUUUACCAGCGCCAAUGAAACUGUGUGCACAAGCUAUAGCCGAAAUAAAAAGCUGGCGCCCAAAUGUUCAAAUGGCACACAUAAUGUGUAACCCAGCGUUAGUACAAAGACAUUGGGAUGAGAUGUCAAAUAUAGCAGGAUUCGAUUUGACCCCAAACGCUGGAACAUCUUUAAGGAAAAUCAUUGAAUAUAAUCUUUGGGAAGAUAUUGAUCAAUAUGAAAUAAUAAGCGUAGCUGCAACAAAGGAACUGGCUCUUAUAACAAAUUUAAAUAAAAUGAUGGCUGAAUGGACUGAUAUAUGCUUUAAAACAAGUCCAUACAAAGAUACAGGAAUUUACAUAUUAUCUGGCUUAGAUGAUAUACAAAGUGUUUUAGACGAUCAUAUUGUAAAAACUAUCGGCAUGAGGGGCUCCGCGUUCGUAAAACCUUUUGAAGCUCAAGUUAGAAAUUGGUAUGAGAAAAUAACACGUGUCAACGCUACAAUUGACGAAUGGGGCAAAGUACAGAGUCAAUGGCUAUACUUGUUACCUAUAUUUUCGUCUAAAGAUAUUGUUGCUCAAAUGCAGGAAGAAGGAGUAAUGUUCGUUGAGGUUAAUAAUAUUUAUCGUCGCUAUAUGGGUUCAGUAGACAAAGAUCCUCACGUUUUAGAGAUAGCUGGUGGAAUGGGUGUUUUAGAAUCAUUUAAGAUUGCGUCCGGUAUGCUUGAAAAAAUUAAUGACGGUAUAAACAACUAUCUCGAAAGGAAACGCUUAUACUUUCCACGUUUCUUCUUUUUGUCGAACGACGAAAUGUUGGAAAUCUUGUCAGAAACGAAGAAUCCUCUCAAAGUUCAACCGCAUCUCAAAAAAUGUUUCGAAGGUAUAAAUCGACUUGUCUUUGAUCCAGAGUUCAAUAUAUCAGCAAUGAUUUCUAUGGAAGGAGAACAAGUAGAAUUUUUGGAAACUAUUAGUGUCGCAGCAGCGAGGGGAUCCGUUGAAAAGUGGCUAGUGCAAGUUGAAGAUCAGAUGUUAAAAGCUGUGAAAUCUGAGACUGAAUUAUCUUAUUAUGACUACCCUAAUUUAAGUCGUGUAGAUUGGAUAUUGUCUUGGGAAGGUAUGGUAGUUUUAGCAAUUUCACAAAUUUAUUGGGCAGUAGAUGUCCAUGAUAGCCUAAAUACACAUAAAUUAAGCGAACUUAAGUCUUUUCAUGUCGGUCUAACAAAACAACUCAAUGAAACAGUUUCUGUUAUUCGUAGAACCGAUUUAACAAAAUUAAAUAGUAUUACUGUUAAAGCUCUUAUAGUAAUAGAUGUUCACGCCAAGGAUGUAAUACAAGAGCUUAUUGAAAAAAAUGUGACGGAAAUUACUGAUUUUCAAUGGUUAGCACAAUUGCGCUAUUAUUGGGAAGAAGAAAAGGUUUUUGUUAAAAUUAUAAAUGCCGUUGUUAAUUACGCCUAUGAAUAUUUGGGCAAUUCAGAUCGUUUAGUUAUAACACCAUUAACUGAUCGAUGUUACCGGACGCUGAUUGGUGCUUAUUACCUUCAUUUAAAUGGUGCUCCAGAAGGACCAGCAGGUACGGGCAAAACGGAAACCACGAAAGAUUUAGCUAAAGCGUUAGCCGUUCAAUGUGUAGUAUUUAAUUGUUCUGAUGGUUUAGAUUAUAAAGCCAUGGGAAAAUUUUUCAAAGGCUUGGCAUCAUGCGGAGCUUGGGUUUGUUUUGAUGAAUUCAAUCGCAUAGAAGUAGAGGUCUUGUCUGUGAUAGCCCAACAAAUUCUUUGCAUAGUUCAAGCUGUUCGACAGCAUUUAGAAACAUUUGAUUUUGAGGGUACAACGUUAAAUUUGAACCCCGCUUGUUACGUUUGCAUAACAAUGAAUCCGGGUUAUGCGGGACGUUCUGAACUGCCAGAUAAUUUAAAAGUAUUAUUCAGAACUGUAGCAAUGAUGGUUCCAGAUUAUGCUAUGAUUGGUGAAAUUUCCUUGUAUUCAUUUGGUUUCAUUGAUGCUAGAAGUUUAUCUGUUAAAAUUGUGACCACAUAUCGCUUGUGUUCUGAACAGCUAUCAUCUCAAAAUCAUUAUGAUUACGGUAUGAGAGCUGUGAAAACGGUUCUUUCUGCUGCUGGUAAUUUAAAGAGGAGUUUUCCAAAUGAAAGUGAAAGUAUUUUAUUAUUAAGAUCAAUUACAGAUGUAAACCUCCCAAAAUUUUUAUCUUUUGAUGUCCCUUUGUUUGAGGGUAUCAUAUCAGAUUUGUUUCCCGGUAUUACUUUACCGAAACCGGAUUAUGUUAAUUUUCUGAAUGCUUGUCAUGAUGUGUGUGAAAUAAAUAAUCUUCAACCAGUUGAAUGCUUCUUAAUUAAAGUCAUUCAAACCUACGAAAUGAUGAUUGUAAGACAUGGGUUCAUGUUAGUGGGAGAUCCAUUUUCAGCAAAAUCGAUGACUUUGAAAGUUUUAGCUGAAGCUCUUACUUUAAUGGAAGAACGAGGAUUACCAGGUGGUUGUGCUUCCACUUACAAAGUUCUUAAUCCAAAAGCAGUGACAAUGGGUCAACUGUAUGGUGCUUUCGAUCCGAUAUCUUAUGAAUGGACUGAUGGUAUUGUAGCAACAAUGUUUAGAGAUUUUGCUUCUGAAGAUACUCCUGUUAGGAAAUGGAUCGUUUUUGAUGGUCCCGUAGACGCUGUUUGGAUUGAAAAUAUGAAUACUGUUUUAGAUGAUAAUAAAAAACUGUGCUUAACGUCUGGUGAAGUUAUGGCUAUGUCAAAUGUUAUGUCAAUGAUAUUUGAAGUUAUGGACCUAUCGCAAGCCUCUCCUGCCACGGUGUCUAGGUGUGGUAUGAUAUAUAUGGAAUCGGCUUCUUUUGGAUUUGCCCCAUUUUAUACCUCGUGGUUAAAAACUCUUAACCCUCUAUGGUUAGAGGAAAAUGAAGAAUUUAUAUUUGCUAUGUGUGAAUGGUUGUUUAAUCCGUUAAUAUAUUACGUCCGAAAGCAUUGUCAACAGCUUGUCACGGCGGGUGAAGUAAAUUUAGUAAUAAGUACUCUUCGACUUGUUGAAAUGUUAAUGAAUAAUGCGUUAGAGGGUGAAGAGGAUACAAAAUAUUGUAGGACUUGGUUUUUAGCUUCUUUUAUGACAGCACUAGUUUGGGGUGUUGGUGGUAUAUUAAAUACUGAUUCACGGGAAAGGUUUGAUGAAUUAUUAAAGUCAUAUUACCGAGGUGAGAAUGGUAUUCCUACUGUACUCGAUAGAUUAGAUGUUUCCAUACCUACUGAAGGUAUGAUAAUAGAUCAUUUUUAUAUGUACAAAGGUAAGGGUUGCUGGAAACCUUGGCCGGAUGCAGUUAAAGCUGUUCAAAUUAAAGAGCAGAUAAAUCUUUUACAGACGGUUAUUCCGACAUUAGAAACUGAGAAAUAUAUAUUUCUUUUGAAACUUCAUACAAAAUUCUCACAACCUUUGAUGCUGAUUGGUCCCACGGGGACUGGAAAAAGUUUUUAUAUACAAAAUUUUUUAAUGAAUAAUGUUGAUUUAGAUAAAUAUACUCCAGGUUUUAUUACUUUUACAACUACAACUUCAGCUAAUCAAACACAAGAUCUAGUUAUUUCAAAACUGGUUAAACGAAGAAAAAAUAAUUACGGGCCAACUAAGGGUAAACAGGCUAUUAUCUUUAUAGACGAUAUGAAUAUGCCUGCCAAGGAGGUUUAUGGAGCUCAACCAGCUAUAGAAUUAUUAAGGUUGUACUUUGAUCAAAAGCAUUGGUAUGAUUUGAAAACAACAGAAAAACUUUACAUAUAUGACACCUUUUUUUAUGGAGCUAUCGGGCCCGUAGGAGGAAGUAGACAAUUAAUUUAUCCAAGAAUGUUGAGGCACUACAAUAUUUACUCCAUCAAUGAAUUUUCAAAAGAAAGUAUGUCUAAAAUCUUCAUGUCCUUGUUGCAACUUGGUUGGAGAAGAAAUGGUUUUGGUCAGGACACACAACCAGUAAUAGUAAAUAUCGUUGCGGCCACAAUGAACAUAUAUGACAUGGCUGCAGAAGGUCUACGGCCUACUCCAGCCAAAUCUCAUUAUAUUUUUAAUCUACGAGACUUUUCAAGAGUUAUUCAAGGAUGUGCGUUGUUAAGAAGAGAAUCUGCAGACAAUAAAAAAACUUUUACUAGAGUAUGGGUUCAUGAAAUCUUGCGUGUUUUUUAUGAUAGACUUGUUGAUGAAAUAGAUCGUUCUUGGUUCUAUAAUCUUUUAAGGAAAUCAACACAAGAGUUCAUGAGGGACACAUUUGAAUCAGCAUUAGACACAUAUCAAAAUGAUAAAGGUGAGGUAACUCAAGAAAAUAUUAAAAAAAUGAUGUUUGGUUGUUAUUUAGACACGGACAGUGUCGAAGGGGAGAGAAGGUAUGAAGAAAUUCCUACGAAAGAAACAUUUUUAAAUGUUGCUAUCGCUAUGUUAACAGAGUAUAAUGCAAUGCAUAAGGCAAAAAUGACAAUUGUAUUAUUCGAUUAUGCCUUAGAACAUUUAUCAAAAAUAUGUAGAUUGCUUUCUAUGCCAUCGGGUAACGCCUUAUUGGUUGGAGUAGGAGGUUCUGGUCGCCAGUCACUCACUAGGUUGGCUAGUACUAUUUUAGGUCAACAGGUAUAUCAACCUGAAAUCACCAAGUCAUAUAGUGUUAAAGAUUGGCAUGAUGAUAUUAAACUAGUUCUAAGAGAAUCCGGUGGUCUUAAUAAAGAUACAACUUUUCUAUUCACGGAAAAUCAAAUUAAAGAAGAAGUCUUUAUUCAAAAUUUAGACAGUUUGCUUAAUUCCGGUGAAGUUCCUAAUUUAUACGGCUUAGAUGAAAUGCAAGAAAUAUUAGAAUUAGUUCGCCUUGCAGCCCAAGGUGGUAAUAGAAAUUUAGAUAUUAGUCCAUUGCAGAUUAUGUCAUUUUUCGUUGGAAGAUGUAAAGCUAAAUUACAUAUUGUUUUGUGUUUCAGUCCUAUAGGAAGUUCUUUUAGAACAAGAUUAAGGCUGUAUCCUUCUCUUGUAAACUGCUGCACUAUUGAUUGGUAUGAUAGUUGGCCUGAAGAUGCACUAGAAAUGGUGGCACAUUACUAUAUGGUUAAAGUAAAUGUUAGUGAUAAAAUUAAAGCAGCUGCAGUUAUAGCGUGUAAACAAUUUCACGUGGAUGCGCGAAAGGUAUCAAUUGAUUUCUUUAAUCAAUUUGGAAGAAAGACAUAUAUUACAUCAGCAUCAUAUCUUAAUUUGAUCAAAUCUUUUACAAUAUUAACAAAUCGAAAACAAAGAGAGUUAAGAGCUGCAAAAUUGCGUUAUACGAAUGGUUUAGAUAAACUUAGUCAGGCAGCAGAAGCCGUGUCAAUUAUGCAACGUGACCUAAAUAUUUUGAAACCUCAAUUAAUUGUUAUGGCUGCUAAGUCUACAAAGAUGAUGGAAGAAAUCGCAGUAGAAACCGCCACUGCAGAUAAAGCUGCAGCACAAGUGCGGGAAGAUCAAAAAGUAGCAAAUGUUCAAGCAGCAGCUGCGCAAGAGCUAAAAAAGGAUUGUGAAGCGGAUUUAGCUUUAGCUUUACCUAUUUUAGAGGAUGCGAUUGCUGCAUUGAAUACUUUGAAACCCGCAGAUAUAACAAUUGUAAAAUCAAUGAAAAAUCCUCCAGCGACAGUAAAGUUAGUGAUGGCAGCGGUAUGUGUAAUGAAGGGGAUCCCACCUGAUAAAAUUCCAGAUCCUGAUAAUCCUGGUAAGAAAAUGUUAGAUUAUUGGGGUCCCAGUAAGAGAAUAUUAGGAGACAUGAGCUUCUUGGAUUCGUUGCGCAACUUUGACAAGGAUAACAUCCCAGUGGCAACAAUGCAAAAAAUAAGAAAAGAAUAUCUUUCCCAUAAGGAUUUUAAGCCACACAUUAUUGCCAAAGCUUCCACAGCUGCGGAAGGGUUGUGUAAGUGGAUAAUUGCAAUGGAUAUGUAUGAUGCAGUAGCAAAAGUUGUUGCUCCGAAAAAAGCGAAGCUGGAAGCGGCUGAAAAAGAAUUUGCGGAAACGAUGGCGAUAUUAGAAGAAAAGAAAGCUACCGUAGCUAGAUUAGAGGCUAGAUUAGCUGAGUUAAAUGAAGCCUUAGAAGAAGCAAAUAUUAAGAAAAAGGCUUUAGAAGAUGAAGUUCAACUUUGUAUUGAUAAAUUAUAUCGUGCUGAGAAGUUAAUUGGUGGUCUUGGGGGAGAAAAAGUGAGAUGGACAGCAGCAGCUGAAAAUUUGCAAACUCUAUUUGACAAUUUAGCUGGAGAUAUUCUUGUUUCAUCGGGUAUCAUAGCAUAUUUAUCGCCUUAUACUUUACCUAUAAGAAUAGAGAUGAUUUCCAAGUGGCGUGAUUUAGUUAUUGGUCUUGAUAUGCCACAUUCUGAACAUUUUGUGUUUAAAGACAUUUUAGGUACUGACAUUAAAAUCCAAAAUUGGUGUAUAGCUGGUUUACCAUGGGAUUCGUUUUCCAUAGAUAAUGGUGUUAUACAAGAUAGUUCUCUUCGUUGGUCUCUACUUGUCGAUCCACAAGGACAAGCAAACAAAUGGAUAAAAACAAUGGAAAAAUCUAAUGAUUUGCAAGUCCUUAAGUUUACUGAUGGUAAUUAUAUGAAAGUAAUAGAAACUUGUUUAGAAUACGGAAAACCAGCAUUGAUUGAUUGUAUUUUAGAAGACGUUGAACCACCUUUGGAUCCAGUUUUAUUAAAGCAUACUUAUGUACAAGGUGGAAAAGAAUUUAUUGCUUUGGGUGAGAAUGUAAUUGAAUAUCAUCCUAAUUUUAGAUUGUACAUGACUACGAAACUCAGAAAUCCUCAUUAUUUGCCUGAAGUGUUUAACAAAGUGACAUUAAUCAAUUUUGCUCUUACAAAGGAUGGACUGGAGGAUCAAUUGUUGGGUAUUGUUGUGGCCAAAGAAAGACCUGAUUUGCAAGAAAAGCGUGAAAAAUUGAUUGUGCAAGGUGCGGCUAAUCGUGCUGCACUUAAACAAGUAGAAGAUGACAUAUUACGAACUCUUCAAGAAUCUAAGGGUGAUAUUCUAGAAGAUGAAUCUGCUAUAGAAGUUUUAGAUUCAUCAAAACUAUUAGCAAUUGAUAUAACUAAAAAACAAGAAGCAUCGGUAGAAACAGAAAUUAUUAUAGAAAAAUUUAGACUUGGAUACAGGCCUAUAGCAUCACAUUCUGCUGUAUUGUAUUAUUGUGUAACUGAACUACCUAACGUUGAUCCUAUGUAUCAAUAUUCCUUAACGUGGUUUAUUAAUUUGUAUAUAAUAUCAAUUGAAAAUGCAAACAAAUCUAAAGAUCUAGAAAAGAGGUUAAAGUUUUUGAAAGACACAUUUACUUAUAAUUUAUAUAGCAAUGUAUGCAGAUCAUUGUUUGAUAAAGAUAAGCUAAUGUUUUCUUUUAUUAUGUGUUCUAAAAUGAUGCUUGCUUCCGGUGAAAUGGACCAUGAUGAAUAUAUUUUCUUAAUAACUGGAGGUAUAGCAGUAGAAAAUCUUCUUAAAAAAAAAAUUGACUGGCUACCAGAUAAAGGUUGGGAUGAAAUAUGCAGACUGGAUGACCUACCAGCCUUUAAGGAGAUUAGAAAUAGUUUUACAACCCAUCAAAAGGGAUGGAAAGAAGUCUAUGACGAUCUAGAACCUCAUCGUAAAAUAUUACCAAAUCCUUGGAAUGAAAAAUUAUCUCCAUUUCAAAAGUUGUUAGUAAUUCGGGUUUUAAGGCCAGACAAAUUAACAUUGGCCAUUUCUGAAUUUGUUGAACAACAAAUGGGCAAUAAAUAUAUAACUCCACCCCCUUUUGAUAUUGGUAAAUCUUUUGGCGAUUCGAACUGUCUAGCUCCCCUGAUAUUUAUUUUAUCUCCUGGGUCGGAUCCGAUGGGAGCUUUAAUAAAAUAUUGUGAAAAAAUGGGUUACAGUCACAGAUUUAAUUCAAUAUCAUUAGGUCAAGGGCAGGGUCCAAUUGCAAAGGCAAUGAUAGAAAAAGCUCAAUUAGAAGGGGGUUGGGUGUGCUUACAAAACUGUCAUUUAGCAGUUUCUUGGUUACCCACUUUAGAAAAGCUAAUCGAGGGAUUUGAUUUGACAAACACUGAUCUUAGUUUUAGACUCUGGCUUACGAGUUACCCUUCUGAUAAAUUUCCGCAGUCAGUUUUGCAAGUUGGUGUAAAAAUGACCAAUGAACCCCCUACUGGACUUCAACAUAAUUUAAAUAGAUCUUAUCUUUCGGAACCUCUGAAAGAACCUGAAUUUUUCGAAGGCUGUCCUGGUAAAGAUAAAGCAUUUAGUAAGCUUUUGUACGGAAUAAGUUUUUUUCAUGCCGUGGUACAGGAAAGGAAAAAAUUUGGACCACUAGGUUGGAAUAUUCAGUAUGGUUUUAAUGACUCAGACUUUCAUAUUUCAGUUAUGCAAUUACAGAUGUUUUUGAACCAAUAUGAAGAGAUACAAUAUGUUGCUAUAAAGUAUUUAACUGGUGAGUGUAAUUAUGGAGGAAGAGUGACGGAUGAUUGGGAUAGGAGAUUAAUUGUAACUAUUUUAGACAAUUAUGUCAACGCUAAUGUAGUUAAUGAUCCCAACAACUUAUUUUGUGACUUGGGUCCUCAAUAUGGCCUACCACGGAGAUGUGAGUAUCAAGACUAUUUAAAGCAUAUUGAAUCAGUUCCUGUAAAUCCUCCUCCUGAGGUCUAUGGGCUACACAUGAAUGCAGGAAUAACGCGUGACUAUUCAAUAUCUAUGGCCCUGACGACUUCUUUGGUCCUAGUUGAAGGUGCAGCUGGGGGUGGUGAAGGUGGUAAUACUGAAGUAAUAUUAACUCAGAUGGCAACAGAAAUUUUGUCAAAGCUACCUGAGUCAUUUGAUAUUGAAACAGCACAGCAAAAGUAUCCAGUGGAUUAUAAUGAAUCCAUGAAUACAGUAUUGAUUCAAGAAAUGCAACGAUUUAACAAAUUAUUGAAUGAAAUUAGAACUUCCCUGAUCGAUUUACAAAAAGCUGUUAAAGGCGUGAUUGUCAUGUCACCGGCACUUGAUUUGCAGUCUAAUUCAAUGUUGCUUGGUAAAAUUCCAGAUAAUUGGUCAAAAGUUUCCUAUCCUAGUUUAAAACCAUUACCAAGUUACGUAGCUGACUUUAUUGAUCGUCUAGCUAUGUUAGAAGAUUGGAACCAAAAUGGUAAACCGCCAACAUUUUGGCUGUCCGGAUUUUUUUUCACACAAGCUUUCCUUACUGGUUCCGUUCAAAACUAUGCCCGAGCUAAAAAAAUACCAAUAGAUCUACUUAUUUUUGAUUUCGAAGUAUUGCGUGUUGAUUAUGAACAUACUCCUCCAGAAUUCGGAGUUUAUGUCCAGGGACUUUUUGUAGAUGGAGCUAGAUGGGAUCGGGAUAAGUAUGCAAUUGGCGAACAAUUCCCAAAAAUAUUAAAUGAUAAUAUGCCAGCUGUGUGGCUUUUCCCGAAAUUGAAAAAAGAGUUCUUAGAAGGUACAAGAUACAAAUGCCCAUUAUAUAAGACAUUAGAAAGAAAAGGUGUUUUAGCGACAACAGGACAUUCUUCCAAUUUUGUCUUGGCAUUUUAUUUACCUUCAGAUAAACCUUCUGCACACUGGAUAAAGCGAAGUGUUGCCCUCAUAUUACAAUUAGACAAUUAGAAUAAUUUUACUCUACAUAUAAUAGUUUUUAUUUAUACUUAAUGUAGUUUUUCAUGACAAAAUAAAAAUGACUACCUAAAAAUUAUUUUUAAACCACUGGCUCAAGAAUGAAAAGACACGGUUAAACAUAUUUCAUUAUAAAUUCUAAAUACAAUUAAAUUAAAACGACGUUAUUAUCAAUAAAACGUUUAUUUUGUAUUUAUUUAUUAUGCUGAGUGUAUUAUUUUUAAAUAAA